AAGAUGAACCGAAUCUCGCGCUGUGAUUGGCUACCCGAGCGGGCAAGAUGGAGCUAUCUUGCCCGCUCGGGAUAAGGGCUUUGUCCCGCAAGGAAAAUUCAUCCGAGGCGAAAGCCGGUUUACCAAAAUUUUCUUUCUUAGUUUUUCCCUGAAAAAUCUUUUCCGUGACAGUUAAAGAUUUCCUGUGGUUUGUGUAUCGAUGGAGCUGGAAAACGAGAAAACUGAAUGCGUCAACGAGAAAGAAAACAAAGAAAACAAAAAUGUUGACGAGUUUCAUGAAUUUAUUUUGCAACAAAAACCGGCAAACACAAAACUAAAAACACAAAGUGACAUGAAGGUAUGGAAGCGGUUUUGUUUACAAGAAAACGAGAAUAGGGAACUGUGUGACAUACCUCAGGAAGAACUGAAUUUGCUGUUGUGCAAAUUUUUCAAAACCGCAAAGAAAUUGGACGGCACAGAGUACGAGCCUGUCAGUUUGACGUCCUUUCAACGUAGUCUCCAACGCGCCUUGAACGAAAGAGGUUCAAAUGUAAAUAUUAUUGACGGAGACAACUUCAAACUCUCCAGAGAAGUGUUAAGUGCCAAGCGCCGUCAGCUUGUUGUGGAACAUGGCAAGGGGAACAGACCACAAGCUGCCCGUGAGCUGACCGAGGCCGAGGAAGACAAGCUUUUCGAGUGUGGUGAAUUUGGGACCUCCAAUCCGACAGCCUUGCAGCGUACCUUGUGGUGGAUAAUUGCCCUUCACUUUGGGUUCAGAGCUCGAGACGAAAGCCGCCGAUUAAAGUGGGGAGACGUCACUUUGGAGAAAGACCCAGAAACGGAGAAUGAGAUUCUUGUGUGGAGAUAUGAGCGAGGGUCCAAAACACGUCAAGGCCAAGACAAGCCAUACAGUGUUCGUGCUUUCCACCCUACUGCGCAAGCAACCGGCAACGAGCGUUGCCCGGUUAAAUUCUUCAAAGAAUUUGCUCGCCGUCGUCCUUUGGAGAUGAACAAGCCAGAUUCCCCCUUUUACCUCGCAGUCAAACAUCAGCGAAAACCAGAUGACGACGUGUGGUAUAUGCGAAGUCCGCUUGGUAAAAACGAAAUCGGCAAAUUUCUCCCCACCGCUGCGAAAAAUGCUGGUUUACAGGGCAGAGUAACCAACCACUCGGUGAGAAAGACCUGCAUUUCACGUCUCCUCGAUGCAGACGUCCCAGAUAAUUUUGUGGCACAGUUAAGUGGCCAUCGCAGUCUGAAAAGUCUCGACGCUUACAAAUCGGCCUCGCAUGAACAUCAACGGCGAAUGUCCCUUGCGCUGAGCGGCUCCAGCAGCAACCAGCUUUCUAGCAUCUCCACUC